CGUAUUAUCGGUACGCCAGCACUUCGUAAAGGUUCAGGCCUUUUGACAAUCAACCUGUACGAUUUGCCACAUGCACCUGUCGAAGACCUCAGUGUGGCCAUUCAACGUAUGCUCGCUCCAUACGGUCGAAUCCUUGAUAUCAGCAUUUUCCUGUCCUCUCAACACUCGUUUUUCAUGGGCCAAGGCUGUGCGUAUCUCGAUGUCACUCAAGCUCAUCAACCUUUGUCUACCCAUACGCUCAUGUACCCCGAUCUUGAGCAUGAAGUCCGGGCUUUCUGGAAAGGCUCGCCCCCAUACUGUCGAUUCUGCCACGAAGACACUCAUGAGAAGGACCUUUGUCCCAAACGCGCCGCCACCCUUGUCCAAGCGUGUUCCCAAUGCGGCGACUAUGGUCAUUCUCUUCGGUCGUGCCCGCGAUCGGUUCAAAGCAAUCCUGUGUCCGCCUUCGUGGGUACUCCUCCGACUCCGCAA